GAGACAUAGAAGAUAAUGUUACUGAGCAGUCCUGCCUGAGACAUAGAGACAAUGUUACUGAGCAGUCCUGAGACAUAGAAGAUAAUGUUACUGAGCAGUCCUGAGACAUAGAAGAUAAUGUUACUGAGCAGUCCUGAGACAUAGAAGAUAAUGUUACUGAGCAGUCCUGCCUGAGACAUAGAACCUAAUUGUCAUCCUUUGAUCACAAGGAUGUCCUCUUGGUCUAAUGGUGAACAUUUCUGGUUACCGUGUGGGUGAAAAUGGUUCAAAUCCCAAAAGUUACAAUAACAGUAUAUCUCUGUCUCUCUCUCCCCUGUAGGUCAGGAGCGGUUUGGGAACAUGACCCGUGUGUACUACCGAGAGGCCAUGGGGGCGUUCAUCGUGUUUGACGUGACACGGCCCACUACCUUCGAAGCCAUCACCAAGUGGAAGGAGGACCUGGACUCUAAACUCAUGCUGACCAACAGAGAGGGCAUCGCCACGGUCCUAUUGGCUAAUAAAUGUGAUCAGGGGCGGGAGGUUCUGACCAAUAACGGCGUGAAGAUGGACCAGUUCUGUAAAGACAACGGCUUUGUGGGCUGGUUCGAGACCUCAGCCAAGGAGAACACCAACAUCAGCGAGGCAGCGAACUUCCUGGUGAAACACAUCAUGGCUACAGAGAAUGAUUUCCUAAAGUCAGUGAUCCCAGACACCAUCUCUCCAAAACUAAAUGACUCACAACCUGGGACCUGCUCUGCCUGCUACAAACCAUAGCUAGACAACUCACAACCUGGGACCUGCUCUGCCUGCUACAAACCAUAGAGGGAGGAGGAGAGCAAGGAGAGGGUGAAGAGAGGAGAGGAGGAGAGGAGGAGAGGAAGGAGAGGAGGAGAGGGUGAAGAGAGGAGAGGAGGAGAGGAAGGAGAGGAGGAGAGGGUGAAGAGAGGAGCGGAGACAGACCCUGGAGAAGAGGGAGAGGGGGAGGGAGUGGAACGGGGCUAUGUUGGUCCUCUGUUGUUCAAUUUGUAGAGCAUGGUGCUUCUAACACCAGGGUAGUGAGUUCAAUUCCAGGGACCACUCAUACGUAAAAUGGAUGCACGCAUGACUGUGAGUCGCUUUGGAUAAAAGUGUCUGUUAAAUAUAAUAUAUCAUUAUUAUUAUAUUGGGGAGCAGAGAGUGGAGAGAUGAUUGAAUGUCACUGCAAGUUCCCUCCAUAUCCACCUCUCCAGAAGACAGAGGCGCUGAUUUCAAAACAUCCUCUUCUCCUCAAUCCUUGGCCCUCCAUUUACUCAUUCAUGCGCAACUUCGUGUUUCAAAGCUGAGGGAGUGAAAAUUAGACUCUUAUAUAGCCCUCCCAACACGCACUGCAUAUGUUUGGAGUUUGCACAAUUUUUAUACAAAAUAAUGGGGAGGCGUGCCUAAUAUAUGUCAUGAAAGUUAGUUUAUGUCUGAUUUGGAGACUUGUAACAGAUGAAAUACCUCCCAAAUUAAAUGUUUCCUGAGGUUAUACAUAUGCAUUCAGAAAGUUUUCAGACCCCUUCCCCUUUUCCACAUUUUGUUAUAUUACAGCCUUAUUCUAAAAUGGAUGAAAUUACAUUUUUUUCAUUAUCAAUCUUCACACAAUACCUUAUAAUGACAAAGCCAAAACAGGUUUUUAGACAUUUUUUGCAAAUGUUUUCAAAAUAAAAACCUUAUUUGCAUAAGUAUUCACACCCUUUGCUAUGAGACUCAAAAUGUUGCUCGAGUGUUGUUUCCAUUGAUCAUCCUUAAGAAACAUCCCUUGAGAUGUUUCUACAACUUGCUUGGAGUCCACCCGUGGUAACUUAAAUUAAUUGGACAUGAUUUGGAAAGGCACACACCUGUCUAUAUAAGGUCCCACAGUUGACAGUUGUCAGAGCGAAAACCAAUCCAAGAAGUCGAAGGAAUUAUCCGCAGAGCUCUGAGACAGGAUUGUGUCGGAGGGCACAGAUCUGGGAAAGGGUACCAAAAUAUUUCCGCAGCAUUGAAGGUCCCUAAGAACACAGCGGCCUCCAUCAUUCUGAAAUAAAGUUUGGAACCACCAAGACGCCCAGCCAAACUGAGCCAUCGGGGGAUAAGGAUCUUGGUCAGGGAGGUGACCAAUAAGGUGACCAAUAAUCCAAUGGUCACACUGACAGAGAUACAGAGUUCCUCUGUGAAGAUGGGAGAACCUUCCAGAAGGACAACCAUAUCUGCAGCACUCCACCAAUCAGCCUUUAUGGCCAAACAGAAGCCACUCCUCAGUAAAAGGCACAUUACAGCCCGCUUGGAGGUUGCCAAAAGGCAGCUAAGAGAAACAAGAUUCUCUGAGCAAAGUGCAGAGAUAUUCUUGAUCCACUCUUUAUCAGUCCUUUUCUAAUUUUUUAUUUAACUAAGCAAGUCAGUUAAGAACAAAUUCUUAUUUACAAUGAAAGCCAAACCCUAACUCAGAUGACGCUGGGCCAAUUGUGCGCUGCCCUAUGGGCCUCCCAAUCACGUCCGGUUGUGAUGAAGCCUGGAAUCGAACCAGGGUCUGUAGUGAUGCCUCUAGCACUGCGAUGCUGAGUAACCAGAUGGAAGGCACAUGACAGUCCACUUGAAGUUUGCCAAAAGGCACUUAAACACUUUCAGACCACGAGAAACAAGAUUCUCUGGUCUGGUGAAACCAAGAUAGAACUCUUUGGAUUGAAUGCUCUGCGUCACAUCUGGUGGAAACCUGGGACCACCCUACAGUGAAGCAUGGUGGUGGCAGCAUCAUGCUGUGGGGAUGUUUUUCAGUGACAGGGACUGGGAGACUUGUCAGAAUCGAAGCAAAGAUGAACAGAGAAAAGUACAGAGAGAGCCUUGAUGAAAACCUGCUCCAGAGUGUUCAGGACCUCAGACUGGGGUGAAGGUUCACCUUCCAACAGGACAACGACCCUAAGCACACAGCCAAGACAAUGCAGAAGUGGUUUCGGGACAAGUCUCUGAAUGUCCUUCAGUGGCCCAGCCAGAGCUCUGAUUUGAACCUGAUCGAACAUCUCUGAAGAAACCUGAAAAUAGCUGUGCAGCAACACUCCCUAUCCAACCUGAGCAUGAAAGGAGCUGCAGAGAGGAUGAGAAACUCCCCAUAUACAGGUGUGCCAAGCUUGUAGCGUCAAACCCAAGAAGACUCAAUGCUGUAAUCGCUGCCAAAGGGGUUUCAACAAAGUACUGAGUAAAGGGUCUGAAUAAAAUGUACAAACAUUUCAAAUAACCUGUUUUUGGUUUGUCAUUAUGGGGUAUUGUGAUGUCAUUAAGGGGUAUCGUGAUGUCAUUAUGGGGUAUUGUAAUGUCAUUAAGGGGUAUUGUGAUGUCAUUAUAGGGUAUUGUGAUGUCAUUAAGGGGUAUUGUGAUGUCAUUAUAGGGUAUUGUGAUGUCAUUAUGGGGUAUUGUAAUGUCAUUAAGGGGUAUUGUGAUGUCAUGAAGGGUGUUUGUGUGUGGAUUGAUGAGGGGAAAAAACAAUGCAGUCAAUUUUAGAAUAAGACUGUAACAUAACAAAAUGUGGAAAAGGGGGUCUGAAUACUUUCCGAAUGCACUGGGACACAUUAGUUACUGUUACCGUGAUACAGUUGAAGUGGGAAGUUUACAUACACCUUAGCCAAAUACAUUUAAACUCAGUUUUUCACAAUUCCUGACAGUUAAUCCCAGUAAAAAUUAGCUGAUUUUGGUCAGUCACCGCUUUAUUUUAAGAAUGUGAAAUGUCAGAAUAUUUUUUUAAUCUUUUAUUUCACCUUUAUUUAAUUUACCAGGUAGGCUGGUUGAGAACAAGUUCUCAUUUACAACUGUGACCUGGCCAAGAUAAAGCAUAGCAGUGUGAACAGACAACACAGAGUUACACAUGGAGUAAAAAAUAAUAAAGUCAAUAACACAGUAGAAAAAAAAGAGAGUCUAUAUACAUUGUGUGCAAAAGGCAUGAGGAGGUAGGCGAAUAAUUACAAUUUUGCAGAUUAACACUGGAGUGAUAAAUGAUCAGAUGGUCAUGUACAGGUAGAGAUAUUGGUGUGCAAAAGAGCAGAAAAGUAAAUAAAUAUAAACAGUAUGGGGAUGAGGUACGUAAAUUGGGUGGGCUAUUUACCUAUAGACUAUGUACAGCUGCAGCGAUCGGUUAGCUGGUAAGAUAGCAGAUGUUUGAAGUUGGUGAGGGAGAUAAAAUUCUCCAACUUCAGCGAUUUUUGCAAGUCGUUGAAAACCUGCUCCAGAGUGUUCAGGACCUCAGACUGCGGCUAUAGUAGAGAGAAUGAUUUAUUUCAGCUUUUAUUUCUUUCAUCACAUUCCCAGUGGAUCAGAAGUUUACUCAAUUAGUAUUUGGUAGCAUUGCCUUGAAAUUGUUUAACUUGGGUCAAAUGUUUCAGGUAGCCUUCCACAAGCUUCCCACAAUAAGUUGGGUGAAUUUGUCCCAUUCCUCCUGACAGAGCUGGUGUAACUGAGUCAGGUUUGUAGGCCUCUUUGCUCGCACACGCUUUUUCAGUUCUGCCCAAAAAUGUUCUAUUGGAUUGAGGUCAGGGCUCUGUGAUGGCCACUCCAAUACCUUGACUUUGUUGUCCUUAAGCCAAUUCGCCACAACUUUGGAAAUAUGCUUGGGGUCAUUGUAAGUCGAGGUAAUUGAGGUCAUAUGUACAUGUAGGUAGGGCUAAAGUGACUGUUCAUAGAUAAUAAACAGUGAGUAGCAGCAGCGUUAAAGAAGAAUCCAUACAAAUUGCCCAGGUAGCCAUUUCAUUAGCUGUUCAGCAGUCUUAUGGCUUGGUGGUAGAAGCUGUUAAGACGUCUUUUGGACCGAGACUUGGUGCUCCGGUACCACUUGCAAAUACUUAUUUUCCACCAUAAUUUGCAACUAAAUUCAUUAAAAAUCCUACAAUGUGA